CUUAAAGCGACCUGUUGAACACUGUUUUAUUUUCUCUUUCUAAAUAUGGUUCUUAGGAGAUAUAUAACCUAUAUAUAAAGAAAGCGGAAGUAAAGCGAAGCGCGAGGCUUACACCUGCGGUCUCGCGCUCGAAGCUUUCAUGUAUCAUGAGACCUCGCUUUCUGUUUGCCCACCUGGAGUGUGUGACUCGCGCCUGUUGCUCGCGCUACUUUUUGGCUCUGUGUUUGAAAUGAUGAACACGCCGCUUCCUGGUUCUCCGCGGCAGCAGUGCUGAUGGGGUGGAUGGGCGGCGCGGCGGAGCGCACGAGAGCGACAACCUGCUGUGCGUCUGUGCCCUCACGCAGCUUUGCGUUCUCCAGGGAGUUUUUUCUCUUAGCUUUCUCCUGUUCUCCUUUUAAUGGCGACCGAUCCCUGGCGUUCUUAGCGAUGGCAUGUGAUCGUUGAUGAGCGCGCUGCGUUUGUGUGUGCGUGCGCGCGUGCGUGUGUGUGUGUGUGUGGCACCUGCGAUUCAGUCACUUGGUGUCUUGGGAAGAAUACUGAACUGAAGACCUGAUCUGCGUUCCUCCGAGCUGAUCAUUAUGUCCACGAAAAAGGCGUCCAUGUCGGAUCAUGAGAUUAAAAAUGGAACGUCGAGAAACAUGCUGGAACGCUGCGCCUCGGUUAAUGAAUAUUUUGAUAUUUCCUUUAAGGUAAUGCUGCUAGGAGACUCGGCUGUUGGGAAGACUUGCGUCCUGGUGCGUUUUAAAGAUGGUGCUUUUCUGGGAGGCAACUUCAUUGCCACUGUUGGAAUAGACUUUAGGAACAAGGUGGUGGCAGUGGAUAAUAUGAAAGUCAAGCUUCAGAUUUGGGACACGGCAGGACAGGAAAGGUUCCGCAGUGUCACUCAUGCCUACUAUCGAGAUGCACAGGCUCUCCUGCUUUUGUAUGACAUUACCAGAAAAUCAUCUUUUGACAAUAUCAGGGCCUGGCUGACUGAAAUUCAUGAGUAUGCGCAGAAGGAUGUGGUCAUCAUGUUGCUUGGCAACAAGUCAGACAUGGCGGCUGAACGAGUCAUUAAGCUUGAGGAGGGACAGAAGCUGGCCAAGGAGUACGGAGUUCCCUUCAUGGAGACGAGUGCCAAGACAGGUGUUAACGUGGAGCUUGCAUUCCUCGCAAUAGCGAGAGAGCUGAAACACAGAGCGGCCGAACAGCCUCAUGAACCGAAGUUUCAGAUCCAUGAUUUCAUCGAGUCCCAGAAACAGAAAUCCAACUGCUGUGGUCCACUCAUGUGACGAGUUCAUCUAAGAGACGGACCAAUAAGGACGAAGGUGGCAACAGAAAAUCCAUGAGGAAAAAACAGUAAUGACCAGCAAAUGGUGUGAAGAGACACAAUGUGUGAGAGAAAUAGUUAUUUGGAUGUGUGUGGCAUUAAAGCCUUUUUGCUUUUACCAUCAGGUGUAGCUGUUGUCUGUCUUUGUUCUCCAGCUGUAAUUAAAGAUAAUGGAGCUUAGUGUGCUGAGGUAGACGGCUAUAUAUGGCUUCUCCGAGAGCUAGUCUCGCUGUUAUUAUUAUAAUUAUUAUAAUUAUUAUUCUGAGGGGUGUUCAAGUCAAACAGAGAUUUGUGAUGACGUUUCUUGUGAAUGAAGGCAUAAAACUGAUCUCGUAGUCCACUGCUGUCGUUCCCAUGAACAUUCACCACGUAAAAUGCCUGAUCCUUGAAAAUUGAUGGAUAACUUUAACUUGCGAACUUAAGGAGGAGCUGCAUCUGUCUGUGGGAAUUGUACACAUAAUCGUUCAGGAACACCACUUGCACGUUACAGGAAUUUGGCUGGAAGUUUUUGCCACAUCCACACAUACAAUCCUGACCUCACUACAAGCGAUUUCCUUAUGUUUGGGCCAUUAAAGGUGUUUCUGGGAGGCCAGUGUUUCAGGCAUGAUGCAGGCAGUCCGAUCAUGGCUCCAGCCAAAAAACUUUCUGUUCUGUGUUCUGUUAUUCCGCACAAUCCAAAGUCCCAGUUUGACUCGAACACCACUCAUAUUAAUAUUAUUAUCAAAUGAAGCAAUGAAUCCUUUUUUAAAUCUAUUGCUCAUUUUAGUUCACUUGUGAGGAGGAUAUGUUUUGCUUAAAAUCAUGAUGUCGCUUAAUUUUAAUAAUAAUGUUGGUAUAAAUGUUAAAACUAAAGCUCUAAGCACAUUUACAAUUUUGAACCACUAACAUUGAAAAAUGCUGUAAGCCAUAUUUUUGUGUUUAUGAAUUUGUAUAUAGAUAUGUGUGGUUUUGGAGUUCUUUGCUCAUGAUGCCUUGUCUUUGUGUUUGAUGUAUUGUGGGCCCCAGAGUGACAAGUGUUUCUCUGAAACUUCAUUCAAAAAGCAAAUCAAUGGACUUUUUCCCUUGGCAUCUGUGACCUGCUUUUUUAUUACUGAAAAGUCCCACUGAGCAGGCAAUUUGGUCAGGUUUUCAUGAUUGAACAUGCAGUUCACAUCUGUAUAAACAUCUGGUUUGUAUAUCAGAUUUGUGAAGUAUUUAAAUGAUCAACUCUUGCUGUUGUGAAAGCUAGACUUAAUUAUUGAUUGUUGAUUAUUGCUACUAGUCUUAUUUAGUUGUUACUUGUAACUCAGUGACCUUGUUCCUGAGAUCACAAAGUGCCAAGACAAAGUGCUCUGUAUAGAUACUGUAUAAAUCUCUAUUUUGUAAUGUAGAGUGGUGUUGCAAUGUGUUUCUUAAGACAUGUCAAGUCAAUUUACAAAAGUGGUUCUAUUAGGGAUGGAUGAAAGUCUUCUAUACCCAUAAAAAGUUUAUUUACUUUUA